CACAGAACGCGCGAUCAACUCCGAAAUCAAAGCAGUGGUACUCGCAGGCUUCCCGAUGCUGCUUUUGACGUCCGCCGAUAGCGCCUAUCUGCUCGCGUCGUUCUCAACGCUGAGCUCACAGUUUGGUCACCUGGAUGACGCUGCCUGGUUGAUGAUGACCUAUCAGGUUGGUGUGAUAAUCGGACAAUCGAUUUACAGUCGCCUUUCCGACCGAUAUGGGCGCAAGCAAAUCAUGCUCGUCGCUCAUUUCCUGUUCAUCGUCGGCACCUUUUGUGCCUGGCAGGCGCCGAGCUUCUGGUAUAUUGUCGCAGCACGAUUCUUCACAGGUUUGGGAACCGGCGGUAUGCCGCUCAUGCUCAAUACCAUCUUGAACGAUAUAUGCAGCGAAGCAUACAGAUCUGCGCUGCACGGCGGUGUCGUCGCUGGUCAGCUUUGGGGUGGUCAUUUUCUGGGUGGAAUUGGUGGAGGAUAUAUUACGGACAAGUACAGUUGGCAGAUGGUCUUUCGGUGCGAGUUUAUAUGGGCUCUCCUGUCCUUUGCUAUUCUAUGCUGGUUCCUGCCCUCUACCGCGCUCGAAGAUCUGCCCGCCCAGUGUAAUAUUAGAGCAGCCUUCGUACUGGCAUUCAGUCUGGUAUGCUUGGUUGUUUGCCUCGACAACGACUUUGUAGUAUUCUGGGUGCCCCUAGCUCUAUGCAUCGCUGCUGCUUCUGUAUUCGGCUGGCUUGAAGGACACGCCACCGUUGCCCUGAUCCCUUGGGAGAGGCUACAGGAUGGUCCCAUGAAAUAUGUUAUUUGCAUUGCGUCCAUAACAGCCUUUGUUGACAUGUCUGUAUUAAGUCUUAUUCCAUACUACGUGCAGGCGUCGCACAUUGGUUCCAUAGUCGUUAUCGGCUGGCUAAACAUGACAUUCCCCGUGGCCGAGAUAUUGGGUCACUGCUUAUGCUCGUUGAUCCAACGGGACCGGUAUGUUUUCAUCGCUUCCCGGACGCUAUCAUGUUUGAGUCUUGGAAUCCUUUGGAUCAAUAAAGACUGGGCGAAGCUGGUGGGUUUAAUUCUGGCAGGCUUGAGCUCCGCCCUUGCCAACGGUACCUCGAUGACCAUGAUCAUGCGGUACACAGAGGGCAAGGGAAUAAACAAAGACCGAUGCAUCUUGUAUGGCAUCUACCAUCUGGUUAUCGCCAUUGGGAACCUACUGGCGCAAUCCAUGAUCAUUUGGAUGCUCCAAAGCCUAAUUGCUCGCAACAUUCGAUCCAGCCUCGAUCAUGAUUUUCCAGAUGACAUAGACAAGCUGGUGAGGAAAUGCCUUGAAAGCUUUGACUACAUUGACACACUCCCCGGCUGGCUGAGUCUGUCGGUGCUGCAGUCGUUCCUGGAUGCUAUACAAACCAGCAUCAGGUACAUUCUGGUCAUUUCCGGCAUCGGAGCGCUCAUUGCAUUCCUCUGCGGUUCUAAGAAUCCAAAGGAGGUAAGAGAAGUGCAGCAAUCGACUUGAAGUGACAUCAGAUCCUCUUCCACUCGGCAGCGAUAAAGUGCCGAAGAAGCAUGUAAUAAGCAAGGAACAUGAUAUACAGUGAUAGAUACGUAAAUAGAACCCCUGGUAUUCGAUGUAAGAUGUGCGUGUGAUUGGAUGGAUACACCGAGGAUAACAGAUAGCCGAGGUCAAUGAUUACAAGAACACAUUGCUAUAUAUACGUACACUCC